CAUCCUAAAUACAACAAGAUGAUAAAGUUACUUUUGUUGCUUCUCUGCUGUCAUGUCUCAUCUCCAGUGAAACACUCCCUAACGUUUUACCUCAUGGUGUCCUCUGGAGUCCCAAACAUCCCAGAUUAUUUGGUCAUGGCAGACAUUGAUGAAGUGAUUAUGGCUUACUCUGACAGCAACAUGGCAACACACGAACCCAGACAAGACUGGGUGAGAAAAUUAAGGAAAGAAGAACCACAAUACUGGCAAAGGAGCGUUGAAGCUUGCAUGAAUUAUCAGGAGCUCUUUAAAGCUCAAACUGACAGUUUCAAGCAGCACUUAAACCAAACUGAAGGUGUACACAUUCACCAGCAGAUUUCGGGUUGUGACUGGGAUGAUGAGACUGAAAAGGUACAUGGUUUUAACAAGUAUGGUUAUAAUGGAGAGGACUUUCUCACAUUUGCCAUGGAGACAGAGACAUGGAUCGCUGAGAACCCACAAGCUGAAAUGAUUAAACAAGAGUGGGAUGGAAAUAAAUUUGAUAUCGCAAAAAAGAAGAACUUCCUCACCAGCGAGUGUCCUGCGUGGCUGAAGACAUAUUUGAACUAUGAGAAGAGUUUUCUGCAGAGAACAGACCUUCCCUCAGUGUCUCUCCUCCAGAAGUCUCCCUCCUCUCCAGUCAGCUGCCACGCUACAGGUUUCUACCCUGACAGAGCCAUGAUGUUCUGGAGGAAAGAUGGAGAAGAGAUUCAUGAGGACGUGGAGCUCGGAGAGAUUCUCCCCAACCACGAUGGAUCCUUCCAGAUGAGUGUUGACCUGAACCUUUCAUCAGUCCCACCUGAAGACUGGAGGAGGUACGACUGUGUGUUUCAUCUCUCUGGUGUGAAGGACCACAUCGUCACCACACUGGACAAAGCAGCGAUCAGGACCAACUGGGGCAAAACUGCGCUGAGAAAUAGCAAAGAUAACAUGACUGUCCCGAUCACUGCUGUUGUGGUUGUUCUUGCUGCUGUCCUCAUUGCUGCUGUUGGAUUUACAGUUUACAAAAAGAAGAAAGCCAGUCGCCCUGCACCUCCUCCUGUCAACAGCUCUGAGCUCUCUGAGAGACUGAAUCCAGAAACAUGACUGACAAACACACCAUCCUGCACACAGUGACAUCAUGUAGGACUACAGAACAGUCAGUGCUGUGACAUUAAGUAUUCACACCUCCAGUUGUUUUACCAUUUAAUGUAAAACUGUAGUGGCUUGAAUUCGGCUGGUGGCUGUCACAGCAGGCUAGUGGCCCGCAACAGUGGCCGGUCUGACCUGUGUAACUGCAGCAACAGAAAUUUUGCUUAUCCAGGAGGGAGCUUUGGUUUGCUUUGGCUGGAUUUGGAUUGCUGCGGCCACUGAAUGGGGGUCUAUCUGUGGAGCUGCUGCCUACUCUCUUCGGGGUGAGGUGGUCUGUAGUAGCGGAAAAUGAGGAGGAGGGGACACAGGGAUUUGAGACUCCAGCUUACUUGGCAACAUACUGCCUAUAUGAACAUGAAGCCGCAGCUGAGAGCGUCUGGCUCCACUUAUCAGAGGGCUAAGCAAUUAGAAACAUUUUCUCUCCAUCUCUGUAACACACUGCCAAUAAUGUUAUGUUUUGUUUCAUAUACUGUCAGACUCAUUUUUAAGACUCUCUUUGUUAAAUUUAUUCUCCUUUUUUUGGGUUACUUUGCAGUGUAGGCAGUGUAGCCAAUGCUGGAAUAGCAGCUUUUUCUGCAGGAUUCUCCACCGUUGAAUCAGGCUUUCACAGAAGGGACAAUACACACACAUCUGCAUCUGUAGAACAGCCAAUAGUCCAAAGUCUCCUGUAACAGGCUAGAUUUUCUAAAGCCCAAAAUCAGAACCAAGAGAAGGUGCAAAAGUCUUGUUUCUCUCGGUCCACUUAAAUUACAACAUGCUCCAAGUUAAGCAUGGUAUUUCUGCUAAAUGAUGCCAAAAUAAAACGGCCUACCCCAGCUUUAAGAGGAAAAAACAAGCUGAAUAAGGCAUGGACUCUCUUUGGAUGUCUCAUUCAUUUGCACUGCUGUUUCAUUCAUUUUGUACUUAUGUUUUUCCUUCAGUCAAAAGGUCUGAGGCCAGUUGGACAAAACACCUUAAGUUAAAAUAUUACUUUAAGUCCUCGUUAAGGUUUCCUCAGAAUAAAAUUGGUUGGACAAAACACCUUUAAAUUUUCUCAUUAAAAUGUUCAAUGAAGUAUUCAUGGUUUUCUCCUUGUUUUGGUCUUAUACUAAUGGAAUCCCUAGACUGUUGCACUGAAGACCUUAGCAACUAAAGCAAGCAAAAAAAACCCAAAAACUUAAGGUACCAGUGACUCCAUCUUAUCUGCAACAUGAUAAAUGCAAAAAACUAACACACCCCAAGAAGACUGUUCUGCGACCACGCGCCCAGUGGAUACGCCUUUGAUUUUCCACUAUAGAUUUGACAGAAUUCAU